AUGGACCUCUCCAAAGCAGUCGAUCGUUCCUUCACCAAAUCCCUUCCUAAAAUCGAGCUCCAUGCCCACCUCAGCGGCAGUAUCAGCCGCCAAUGUCUCCAUGAGAUCUGGCUCAAGAAGAAGGCCCAAGAACCCGGCUUCAGCAUUGAAGAUCCAUGGGUAACCAUGCCGCCUGGGAAGGUAGAUUAUUCGCUGCAAACAUUUUUUCAAUCCUUCAACAAAUCAAUCUACAAUCUAGUCAAUGAUCUUGCCAGCCUCACCUACGCCACCCAUUCCGUGUUAACCGACUUCCAAAACGACGGCGUAACUUACCUUGAACUCCGCACAAUUCCCCGUGCAUCCCCCUCCUCCUCCUUCACCCGGGAGGAAUAUCUUACUACUGUUCUUGAUGCAAUCUCGGAUUUUCAGGCCAAUCAAUCCCCCAGUUCCCCAAAGAUGUCUGUAUAUCUGAUUCUGGCUUUGGACAGGGGCCAUCACACUACUGCUGAGGCCCUGGAAAUUGUAGACUUGGCGCUGGCCCACCGCGCCCGUGGCAUCGUGGGCAUUGAUGUCUGUGGCAACCCAACCAAGGGCGAUGUUUCGGUGCUGCGAGAGGCUUUUGCGAAGGCCAAAGCUAAUGGAUUAGGCUUGACUGUGCAUUUCGCCGAGAUGAGGGAGGCGGCGAAGCCUAGAGAAUUAGAGACACUGUUGGAGUUUCAGCCGGAUCGGCUGGGCCAUGUGAUUCAUGUGCCCGAAGAGCUGAAACGGGAAAUUGCGAGGAGACAGCCCGGACUGGAAUUGUGCAUGUCAUGUAAUGUGCACGCAAAGAUGUUCGACGGUGGCUUUUUGGAUCAUCAUUUCGGGUAUUGGAGACAUCAGGACUGCCCGAUUGUGCUUUGCACCGACGAUGUAGGAUUCUUUUGCAGCCCCGUAUCGAAUGAGUAUCUGUUAGCUGCAGAGCACUUCCAACUCACGCGGGCCGAUGUGCUGGGCAUCUGCAGAAAAUCCUACGAUGCGAUCUUCGGAGGCGAAAAGGAGAAGGACCGUCUUCGACGUCUACUAUCUGACUUCGAGGCAAACUACAGCACAUAG